CAGCUGACAGGUUUGUUUUGCUGGCUCGAGCUCGCUGGGGAUAAAAACACAGACGGAAGAAGAAGCGUCGACACCAACAGAUCCUGCUGCAGUUUGUCUGUGGCUCCACAGACCGUCAGUCCGUCUGCAGACAACAGGCCCCUGCAGUCACUCGCUCUCCGUCUUUUAUAUAUAGAGAUAUAGAUAUAUAUAGUUAUAUAUCUUUUUACCGUGUGAACAGUGUGGAGCCGCCUGCUCGGGCUUUGACGCAGCGAUGCCUUCAGAGAAAACCUUCAAACAAAGAAGGACGUACGAACAGAGAGUAGAAGAUGUCCGACUGAUCCGGGAGCAGCACCCCAACAAGAUCCCUGUGAUCAUCGAGAGGUACAAGGGAGAGAAGCAGCUUCCCAUCCUGGACAAGACCAAGUUCCUGGUGCCGGACCACGUCAACAUGAGCGAACUCAUCAAGAUCAUCAGGAGGCGCCUCCAGCUCAACUCGAACCAGGCUUUCUUCCUGCUGGUGAACGGCCACAGCAUGGUGUCCGUGUCGGCCGCCAUCGCCGAGGUGUACGAGCGGGAGCGGGACCAAGAUGGCUUCCUGUACAUGGUGUACGCCUCCCAGGAGACCUUCGGCUCCGUCGCCACCACCCAGUGAACCGCCUCCCUUCUUCUUCCACCUGGCCGGCGAUUGGACAAUUGUAGUUUUUAGCCCCGCCCCCCCGUGUCUCUUACUUACACGUUCAUAGUCUCGACUGUAAGAUUUAAAACACAAAUGACUAAAUCUAAACAGGCAGCGUUUUGAGCCACAAGGGUUGAACAGAGCAGGAGAAUUAAAGGAGACAUGUGACGCUGUUUCAGUUUCAAACAAAAGGUUUAUUUGUGAAUGUUAAAGUCCUGCAGAGUUAAAAAGCCUGAAGUCUGUGGUAAAGGAAGCUUCUCUCACACUGAAGCUCCUCAAACAUCUCGUCAGUCGUCCAGACGAUGCACCCGGGGGAAUCGUGAUGUCACUCUAUUGGCCGGCAUUUGCAUAAUACACGGCUAGCGACUAGUCUGUCACGCCCCUCGGAAUACGAGACAGCAAAGUCAUGUAGUGUGGUGUGAACCCGGCUUUAAAGAGCUAAAACCAAGUGUUUGAGACAGAGGCUGAAGAGAGGAGCUGCAGCGAUGCCCAGUUUUAAGGAAAGUGAAACAUCAGAGCGUUUAAACCUUUUCAAAUCUAACUUCAGAACCUGAACACGAGCAGAAUAUGUCUCCUUUAAGUCGAGCAACACUCAAGUCCGACCUCGACUCAGGCCGAUCAAGUCUUUUACUGUCUCUGCUUCUGUGUCGUCUCCUCUGGUGACUCAUGUCGUGUGCUGCCUGUUGACGGCAGUUAUCUUCAGUGUUAUGGUUAUGUGUGUGUGUGUGCACAUAUUUAUGUUAAUGUACACUGGGGGGCAUACGUUUGACUUUUUAAAGUAGUGAUAUUACAUAAAAUACAGAGGCCCCGCCACUUGUCUACACAUACGUUAGCCAAUGAACAAAGCUGAAGGUGUUGGGAGACGGGCGGCAGAGAAAGGUUUCUGGAUUCACGUUGUUUUUAACGAAGCUUUUUAUCGCGGUCCGAGGUUAAAGUGUUUGGGAUCUGUAGUCUUGAUUAGAGAGCUUUUAUUUUGCCAGGGAGAACCCCUCGUUCGUCGAAGCUUCCCCGACGUGUGUCUCGUCACAUUCCCUCCAUGGUCCUGCUUCGGUGUUUUUAUCCCUCCCUGCCUUGUAGCCCGAAGAAGCGAGUUCUUAACGGUAACAAAAAUGUUUGUUCGGAAGCUGCUUUACUCUUGAAACAGAUGAUUGUAGUUUGCAAAUUAAAAAAAAAAGGAUUGCCUUGGUGUACAGAUGAUGAUAAUAACUCUGGAUAUUAAACGGGUUCCGCUGCGAGUGUAACCAAGUUGAGUUUGGACCCACUACAAGGAGCAUGGUCUGAUUGCAUGUGUGAAUGGAGGAUGAUGGUGUUUCUGUAAAUGCUGAUGAGGGGAGGGGGUUCGCAUCACGUUAUUGUCUUCUUCACGUAAAUCGAAGAUGUGAUCUCUGAAAGGAGGAAGGUCCUGGAACCCGGGCAGGUUGACGAGCGUCGUGUCUGACCGUCCACUGUUUCUUUCUGUCCCUUUGACCUGCAGGGUUGACAUCGUUGUUCGGAUCCUUCCACCUGCCCAGUGGGUUUUUAAGGGCUGCACUCUAAAAGAAAACAUUUUAAAUAUCCUGUUGGUCUAUAGUUUAUUUCCUUCAGUGGGUUUCUGUGCUGUUGUGCUUCUCCUCCUCGUCCUCCAUCUUUUUUUUUUUUUUAAAGAAAUCUAAGAUUUAGCUGCUUUUAUAUCGCAGUAUUUUAUCGGUUUUGUUUCUUUUUUUUUUAUUUAAUGUGAUUUUCAUGUCUUCGCUGUCUCCAGUUUCGUGAAGGUGACUUUUUCUUGAAGGCCACCGCGUGUUUGUAACGGAGGGGCGGAGCCUGCUCCUCCGUUUCACGCACGUCCACAAACAGCAAUAUCACACAGCCUACUAUUAUGUAUUUAUGUUGGUAUUUUGUAAACAAUAAAAGACAGGAAAAAAAGAA